AUGGCAAUUCCCACUUUCAAGCAACUGGCUGCCGCCACCAUCGUGGCACAAGUCAUUGGCCUGACUUCUGCCGCCGCCGUUCCUCUUCGUGCCAGAGAUGGCGCGGAGCCCGGCCUACCACACGCCUCUGAUACCACAUGGUACUGCUCGUGGUGGGCUGACUACGACGGGUCUCAGACUUGUCAAGAGCUUCUCGACUUCAACUGGAUCGACAUUAAGGCUUUCCGUCGCUGGAACCCUACCAUUGGCUCGGACUGCUCUGGUCUCAAGUACGGCAACAGCUACUGUGUUGAAGCUUACAACGAGCCCACGCCUCCUCCCGAGGAGGAGGAGACGACCACCACUACCGUCGCCUCAACUACAAGCAAGGCCGUUAUCACCACUGCUCCUUCUACCACCACUAAAGCCCCCGUUAUUACAACCACUACCUCUGCUGGUAACGGAGUUGUGACCCCUGAGCCAGUGCAGGGUGGUUUGGUCAACAACUGCAAUAAGUUCCACUUUGUUGAGUCUGGUGACUCUUGCUCUGCCAUCGCCCAGAAGUAUGGCCUUACCGUAGCCCAGUUCGCCUCUUUCAACGGCCUGAAUAGUGGUUGCACCAACCUCUGGGGCGAGACUUAUGCCUGCGUUGGUCUGAUCGGCGGAAACCCCUCGGCGACAUCUGCUCCGGUCAAGACUACUACCGCUCCCAGCAACGGCAUCCAGACUCCCGAGCCCGUUCACAGCGGUAUCGUCAGCAACUGCAACAAGUUCUACAUGGUUGCGGAUGGUGCUACCUGUGCUUCCAUUGCCAAAAAGAACAGCAUCCGCACUGCCGACCUUGUUUCUUGGAACGGACUGAACAGCGGAUGCACCAAUCUUUGGCUCGACACCUACGCCUGCAUCGGCAUAAUCGGCGGCUCUCUAACCGCCCCUCAGACAACAACCACCACCAAGGCCGGUAAUGGUGUCCAAACCCCUGAGCCCGUUCACACCGGCAUCUUAAGCAACUGCAACAAGUUCUACAUGGUCAAGAGCGGCGACUCCUGCGCCUCUAUUGCCAAACAAAACAACAUCCGCAACGCCGACAUCGUCUCAUGGAACGGCCUCAACAGCGGCUGCACCAACCUUUGGCUUGACACCUACGCGUGCAUCGGCAUCAUUGGCAGCUCCCCGACCGUGCCCCAGACGACCCCGACCACCAAGGCCGGCAACGGCAUCCAAACCCCUCAGCCCACGCAGCCCGGCAUCGCAAGUAACUGCGACAAAUUCCACCUCGUGAGCGACGGGGACUCGUGCGCCAAGAUCGCCAACGCCAACGGAAUCAGCGUCGCCCAGUUCGCCCAGUGGAAUACCCUCAACAGCGGCUGCUCCAAUCUUUGGGGCAGUGUGUACGCCUGUGUCCACGUCGUCGGCUUCACCCCGACGCCGACUAACCCUGGCAACGGCAUCCAGACGCCCCAGCCCACCCAGGGCAGCCUCGUCGCCAACUGCAAGAAGUUUGAGUAUGUCAAGUCGGGCGAGACUUGCGAUGUGGUUGCCAAACGAGUGGGGAUCACUGUCAAGCAGAUGACGACCUGGAACCCAUCCAUCGGUAGCGACUGCACCAAGCUCUGGGCCAACGCGUAUGCCUGCGUCGGUGUUUGA